AUGGAAACAUCUUCGGUUGCAACUGCCGAUGCUCACCAGUAUGAACCACCCUACGCUGCACCAGUAGAUUCGCAGCGGAAGAAGUUGGAGCUCAAACUGAACACAGGCAAUGAAAAGCUAUGCUCGUACGAUCCACCAUCACCGUGCUACAGUAACCCAACAGACAGUGAGCCGCCGUCGCCGGACUCGGGUUUCUCAUCCGACGAGAAUGUGUCGCCUCUCUCACGCAGCAAUUGGGCCACCCACGACGAGGUCGCCGCAACUUACGGACACACCGUCUUUGGCGCUGACAACGUCGACGCCUUUGUAUUCUCAAUGAUGCUUCCCGCAGGUGUAAAGGAAGGACAAUGCCAGUUCUGUGUGCGUUUCUCCGUGAAUGGUCAAGAAUUCUGGGACAACAACUCGGGAAAGAACUACUGCGUGGACAUUGUUCCGGACGCGUCACUGCCGCCGUCGUAUGAGCGCUGUCCCGUACCCACAAUGACUCCGGCAGUCACCACGUUUUUCACACCGCGUCGUCUACGCCGUUGGGGAAGGGCCCAAGAGGAAUCGGACGAUGAGAGCUCACGCGUGUACAUCCCUCGCCGUAGGGCUGUGCUGUAG